UUCUUCGUUGGACAAUUAGCAAGGAAAUACAACAAAAAAUUUGAAUUCUCAAAAUUAGAUUUUAGUGCCACCAUGAGUGAGUUUUGCUUUCGAGGCAAAAGUCUCAACAACUAUUGGAUGGAUGAAUUUAACAAAGCUCACCCUCUGGAAUCAUCACCAGCCAAAGAUUUUAAUUUCUAGACUACUUAAAUGUACAUCUGUAAAUACCUGCAGAAAGAAGCACAGCCUCUCAGAGCUGAUUGCAUGACAGUUGUUUCCUAAUCAUGAUCUUAGCGUUGGUUUUAAUGGUCACCACAAGCCAGAUGGGGGAGAAUCUACUUUAAGGCAUUGCUUUUAUUGUGGCGGUUUGGAAAGGGCAACGCGACCCGGGCUUCCCCACACAGCCUCUGAAAUCUCCUCCUGCAUGUGUCGUAUUUCCUUCAUUUCUCUCCAGAUUGCACAUAAAACCCGGUGACCUGAUGGUUAUGGUGCAAAUCUUAAUUAUAAACGUCAUAAACACGGCUCCCGUUUCCUCAACAGAACUAAAAUCCUUCAUCCUGCUCGCCGUUGGGGAGAUAAAGCUCCUUUAAUCCGUAUUUGUAACCUGGCAAACACGUGAGAAAUCCAUAAAUGAGCUAUUUGUGGCCAGUGCCGCCUUAUUGUUGAGCUUCUUCCUGCGGCCUAAACGUAAUUUAGAGGGUAGGGCUGAAAGCCGAGCAGGAAUGGCGGGCAGUGGUUAGGAAAUCUAUUUAUAGCAUUGCUAAGCAUUGCUUUAUGUUUUUUUUAGGUAUUUUAAAUUAUUAUCAACAGAAAUAACACGUUUUGCCGUAUAUCAGCAACAUGGGUCAUGGUUCUACUUUUGCUCUAUUUUAUUUAACUGGUAUCACAGUGAAGAAAAGUUGAUUUAUUGAAGGGAGAUUUGGCCAAAAUCCACUUGUGAUUCAUUCUUCCCUGGUUUGGUUUUCUGCACUGUGGAAUUGCUAUUAAGUCACAGAAGAACAAAGAUUGCCCCAAUUUGUGUAAAAGCAAAUCUCUGGAGUAUUUAGUCUGCAGUCACGAUUUUAGACGGCAAAAGUUAUGUCACUGUAACUUAACUGUAAGUUAAAAAAUAAUUAUUGCGUCACCUAAAACUAAAACGGCGUCUUUCAUAAUUUCCCUCACUGACACUGUUGAGUCACUUGCUUAUAUUUAAAUGUAUCACAAAAUCAUAGAAGUAAAUCAUGCAAAAGGUUUUUGCAUCCUACAAAGACGUCACACAAACUCAGACGCAGAGUUUUCCUCACUUCACCAAACGGAAAUCAAACAUUUUUAAAGGGGAUGUCUCCUCCACACCGCGAGAGGGUGUUCAUGGGUGGGUUUCAGGUCCUUCCCGCUGCAGUCGGCUCUCGCUUCGACCACGUGCCAAGGUGCCGUGGUGCCGCAGCGAGCAGCCCAGAUGCCUGGAUGAGAAGAGCCGGUGACCACGCAGGUGGACCGAGCGCCUGAAAUAAACAUUUAAACCGGGGGAUGAUGACGCCGAAGCUGUGGAUGCAGAUAACGGCGACACGACCAACCGUGAGAUUUACAGUCCAGUCUGCGUUGGCGGUGGCGAUGGCGGAUUAAUGAGCAGCCGUAAAGAAGUCGAGGCAAGGGGGGGGGGGUGAUUGUGUGUUGCGGGGCAGCGAUAGCGAGGCCCUAAUAGAGGAAGAAGGAGUGUGUCCAAUAAGAAAGAGAGAGAGAGGAGUGAAUAAAACCGGCGGCGAGACCAUGAGCUCCGCACUGCCGUACAACUCGCUGUCAGCUCGGCCGAGUCCCAGCAGACGAGCUCUGGACUGGGAGCACCCGCAGCUGGCCGUGCGGCGGCUCUCCUCCCCGCGGGGUCUCGACCCGCUCUCGGCGCCCCCUCUUCCUCGCCGGUCCUCCGCCAUCCCCGGCUACCUGCUGUCCCCCUACCAGGUGCAGCUGGAGGAGCAGCUCCACGAGCAGCAGCAGCGACUCUCGUCGUCCGUGUGCUCGGAGGCCUCGCUGGCGCCCCCCGCGCCCCCACCUCCGCCCCGCGCGGGCGCCGCCGGGCCCUGCUGCCGGCCGGUGGGAGUCAUGCACCUCCUGCGCCUGGGCCUCCUGGCCUUCAGCUGCCUGUUCUGGGCGGCGGGCCUGGCCAUCCUCACCCUGGGCGUGUGGGCGCAGAUAUCCCUGGCGGACUACAUGCUGCUGUCCGCCAACCGCUACCCCAACGCGCCUCUCAUCCUUCUGGCCACGGGCGCCGCCGUCACCGCUUGGGGCUUCCUGGGCUGCCUCGGGGUGGUGGCCAACCUGCCCGCCGUGCUCAAGGCCUACGGUUUCUUUCAACUGGCGGCCCUCGUGGCCGGCUUGGCGGCCGGACUCUCCGGCCUCUUCUAUCGCGAGGACAUCGCCGGGGGGUUUCGCAGCGGCUUACAGCGAGCGGUGGGCGGGUACGCCGAGGACGAGGGCCGCGCCGACGCAUUGGACGGCCUGCAGAGGGCCCUGGCGUGCUGCGGGGCCGAGGGUUGGCGCGACUGGCUCACGUCGGACUGGGCCAUCCAGCGCGUAACCUUCCCGCCCGACGAGAACGGCACCUCGGCGGCCCUGCCGGACAGCUGCUGCGCGAGGCGCAAAGGCUGCAAGAAUCGACCCCUCCCGUCGGACGCCGCCGAAGGGGUGGAAGCGGCGGGGAUCCACCCGCACGGCUGCUUCGGCAAGGUCUUCAGUCUGGUCAACGACAACGUCUUCCACAUCGCCGCCACUGUGUUGGGAUUGGCCUUCGCGCAAGUCGGAGGCAUCGCGAUGGCCUGUCUGCUGGCCAACAAACUGGCACCGAGACCACAUGGCCGGCUGGUGGCUCACUGACGGUUAACUGUCGGCAACCGGCACCGAGGAUUUGACCAGAUCUGUAGAUGAUUAAUAUUUGGAAUGAGACUUUUCCCUUAAAGGGUUAUGGGGUUGCAAGGUAUCGGGAGUUGUUUCAGGUGCCGAGGUUUCCACGAAACAUGUCGGGAUUGGCAUUCGGAGGUCCUCCGGGGUAAAAAUGAAAAUUGAAUUAUGUUCAGUGGCUUGGCCAACUAUAGUGUGUUGAGGAAAAAAAGGAUUUCUUAGUAACUAAAGUAAGUAAAGUAAGUAAGAUUUAGUGGCGAAAAAAAACAGCAACUCCUCACAUUUCACUCUCUCGCACCUGUUUACUUCCGCACAAUAAAAAUUAAAAAAGUUGGCGGUCUGUACGUUUGAUAUCUGCAAAGGAGAGGUCCGACGUUGGUUGACGACCAUGUCAACCUUAGAAACUAAAGGAAAGUACAAUGAGACUUUGUUUCAGAGAUGUUAAAGUAUCGGCAUAGAUUUGUGGGAAUCCUUAUAGGAAAUGUAAAUACAUAUAAACAUUGGGUUGACUGAUCUCAACACACACAACGUUCACUCGCGUUUUCCACCUCGGAGGAUUCAUUCGAGCUGAGUUCAGCAGAUGUUCGUGUUCGCAUCAUUUAGUUCUUCCAUCACAAAAAACUAUUUUGUGCUGAAAUGUGCACCUAGAGAGAGAUAAAUAAGCCGUUGGUGUCUGGUAUUUUCUGCUGUUUAUAUCUGACAGGCUUUAACGUUGAGGUGAAAUAAUGACUGCUUUAAAAAGAGAUCUCUAUUGCUAGAGUUUGUGUAUUCUGAAGUACAAAUUGAUUUAAAAUCACUGAAUAUUGUGAAAAAAAUGUAUGACCAAUAUAUUGAGUUUGCAUGAAACAUACUGUUUCAUAUUUUGCCAAAUCUCACACAAGGGACAUUUCUAUCCAAGUAAAAAAUCUGGAUGCCGUUUUUUGAAUCGCUAGAGGCUGCAGCUGCACUGAUGCACAAAUAUGCUGCUGGAUGUACUCUCUCUAAUCGCUGAAGUGGAUAAAUACAUUCCCAUUGGAGGGAAUAUACAAAUCGUCACUGUACAAUAGGUUGCUGCAGUGAACAAAUCAUUCAACAUAAGGCGUAAUCAUAUACAGUCGUAUGUUGACUACCAUCGCUAUGGAUCGUGUAGCAUUCAUUAAAUUGGUGUGUUUUUUAUAUCUCAAAUGCACCAUCAAGUGAGAUUAUCACAAUUAAAAAAUAAAUCCAUUCAAGCACAAAACAGCAGCGAAAUAAGAGUGUUGUGAGGGUGGUAUUGAUCUGUUCAACUCACUGCCUGCAGGAAAUCAUUUAAAGAUACAAUCAAAAUGCCUAUCCAUCAAUGAAUGUGAAAGGGUUUUUACUCAAAUUAACUUAUAUUUGUAUUACUACGUCAUACGUACUGAGAUGAUAUGAGCCCAUUUGCUUCCAGCCUCGACCUCUUAGCUUUCCUGUUUAGGAUUGGCCUCUGUAUCGCUCUUGUAGUCGUAGCGCAUUCUAUGCUGAUGUACAGUACACGUACGUAUUGUAAAAUCAACCCCCGAGUGACGUAUAUUGUAUUCUAUUAAUAACACUGCAAAUAUGCAUGACUCAAAUUGUAAACUAUAUGUGUCAAACAAUAAAAAAAUAGUCUCUGCGUCAUUA